AUGACUUUACGCCAACGACGUUUCGAGUGCGCCCUUGACCAGGUUGAAAACCUCAUUCAUCGAAAUUGUAUACUAGUCGGGCGGGGACGUCAUGGAGCAGAUUUUCAAGGAGGUCUUAUGGGUAAGCUGGAGGAGUUAACCAGCCUGGAACAUAAGAUGGUCUCUGCUCAGAAUCUCAAUCUCACUACUCAAGCAUUAAAGAACACCACGGAUUUGCUCAAGAGGGCUGACGACAAAAAUGAGCGGGAGAGGCUCAAUAAAGUGAAGGAUGCAUUGAAGCCCGUUUCUGCAUCUAUCCAGGUCCACUCUGCAAUCAAUGAGAGUCGGAUACUUGGGUCAGGGCGCUGGAUUGAUGACAGAAUUCGGGCUUGGUGGCAGAGUUCUCAGCCUCUGCUAUGGCUCCAUGGCGGUCCUGGCGUCGGCAAGUCCUAUCUGGCAUCCAAAAUCAUGACUGACCUCGCAAACUCAAAGCAAGUCAAUCCACAUGCGCCUGUUGUCGCCCACUUCUUUUUCAAGAACAAUAAUGUUGAUCUGUGCUCUUUGAACAAAGUUUCACCAUAUGCGGAAGAUUUCUGCCUAAAAGAGGACCCAGCUGAUACCUACGCAGUAUGGAGAAAGCUCUUGGUGGAUUUCUUCACCGAGGCUGCACCAGGUGUCUCAGUGUGCUUUAUCAUUGAUGGGAUCGAUGAGGCAGAUCCAGAAUAG